CUUUAUCUCAUAGAAGCUGUCAUAUUUUGUCUGACUCGCCUACUGCCCUUGCUUCCACCAGACUCCGAGACACAUAAUCCUCUUUUCUGGGUUGCUCUUGGUGUUCUUCAAUUGGAUGAGGCCUCGCUUUACUCCGCUGGGCUUGCUCUUUUGGAGCAAAAUCUCGUAACCUUGGACCAACAUGGUGCAUUUGAUCAGGAGGUAGGUCAACCACUCUUUUCAUUAUCACUUGGUUUGGCAAUGAAUUUUAUACCCAUCUCUCCUUGA